AACAUGGCUAUAAAACCGUCAGGUUGAACUCACACAAAUCUAAAACCUAUUCACGAAGGUUGAUAUACACCUACAUGUAUUUGCAGCGCUGGAUUUUUUUUUAAUAGCGUAUAAGAGACGAUCAAUGAAUAAGAAAAUACAUUAGAGGGGAUAUUAACAUUCAGGCGCCGUUCUCUUUCCUUUGAGAUCCCGCGAGUGGCCACUUUGGAGACACAAAAUGUCUGGAAAGAGUUUUCGAGUCAGCGACGGGGACUGGAUUUGUCCAGAUAAAAAAUGUGGAAAUGUGAACUUUGCCAGAAGAACAAGCUGUAACCGAUGUGGAAGGGAGAAAACGACAGAUGCAAAGCUGAUGAAGGCGGGAGGAACGGAGAUUGGGAAAACCCUGGCCGAGAAGAGCAGGGGACUCUUCAGUGCCAAUGACUGGCAGUGCAAAACAUGUGGAAACGUUAACUGGGCCAGAAGAUCAGAGUGUAACAUGUGCAACACUCCCAAAUACGCCAAACUCGAGGAACGAACAGGAUAUGGUGGAGGUUUCAACGAGAGAGAGAAUUUGGUUUACAACGAGAGAGAAGAAUCAGACGGAGAAUACGAUGAGUUUGGUCGCAUAAAAAAGAAGUUUCGAGGGAAGAACAAGAAGGACGGCGUAAAAAAAGGAGAACCUGAAAAGAAAGACAACGAGGAGGUGGAGGACGACGAGGAGGAGGAGGAAGAUGAGGAUGAAGAUGGCGAUCUUUCAAAAUACAAACUUGAUGAUGACGAUGACGAGGAUGACGACGAAGCCGAUUUGUCCAAGUACGAUCUGGACACGAGUGACGAGUUGAAGGCGCCGGAGAAGAAAGGCAGCGGCUCGGGUUCUUCUCGCUCGUCCUCGCGCUCCUCCAGCUCCAGCUCCCGCUCUCGGUCCAGGUCCAGAUCCCGGUCCAGGAGCUCGUCCAGUUCCAGAUCGCGCUCUCGCUCGAGGUCUCGCUCAAGAUCCAGCUCCCGCUCCGGGAAAGGCUCCGCCUCCUCGAGAAAGAGGUCUCGCUCGUCCUCGCCGUCUCCUGAGAGAGGACAGAAGAGAAGCCGCUCCAGAUCCUCCUCUGGUGGACGCAAAAAAAGACGCUCUCGCUCCCAGUCGUCCGAAAGGUUUGGGUUUAUGUGGUGUAACAAAUGGCCCAUUGCCUUCUUUUUACAUUUUAUGACACUGUUGAUGAAUUAUAGUGAUUUAUUUUCCUCUUUUUUUUCCUGUGGACACUUUGCAGACCUGCCAACCUUCAGAGUUAACUUAAAAAAAAAAAAAAAAAAAAAAAAAUUAAAUUGAGACUAACUGCUGGUCUUGGAAGCCCCGCCCCUUCGCUCCCUCCUCCCCUCACAUUAACAGCAUCAGUUCAUCUACAUACGAACAAAUAAAAUAAUAAGCUGCAUUCUUCUGACUUUGUUACGAUGGUGAACGUCAGUUAGUUAACAUUGCAUUAACUAACCUAAAAAAAUUUAUUUUAUUGUAAAUCGAUAGCUCCGCCCCCUUCCCCUACCUCAGAUUAUUGACUCGGUGGACGAUCGAUUAUCUGGCUUGAAAGACGUGCUUAUCAUAUCGGCGUACUCCAGAUUUAGCUCAUGAAUUAUUAACUAAUGUUUAUUUACUAAUAUUAACAAUCAUGAGGAAGAGAUUGGUUUCCGGUUUGAGUGAUUAGGGCGGAUCAAUGGUGAGAAAACCUCGCCCAGGUUCCACAUUAGAUGAGCGAUCGAUUCAUUUACUUGAUCAAUAACCAGACAAUCAAUUCAUUUACUACAUUUGAACAAAUUUCCUUACGUUACUCUUCCCCUCGGUCAGCAGGUCUGCUCCAAAUAUAUAUAUAUAUUUUCAGGUUAUAUUUAUUAAUUCUGAAAUGACCUGACACUAAGUUAUUUGUGCUCUCCCCCCCCUUCCCUCUUUAUCUUUCUCUCUCUUUUCCUGUGUCUCUCUCUCUCUCGCUCUCUUAUCUCUCUCUUCCUCUGUUGCUCUCUCUCUACCUCUAGGGGGCGUGGCUCAUCCGGAUCUUCUCGUUCCGGCUCACAAAAGAAAUGAUAAACAAAAGUCUUAAACACACAAAAAAAAAUCUGGGGAAGAGGAAAUCUUUCUUAUAACUGCAUGUUGUCUUUUGGGGAGAAAAAGAACUAAAACCUGUGGCGUUUCGAGUGAGAGUGAUGGAGUACUCUAAUGUUCAGUCUGUUUUCGUUGUGUUUUAUUUUUAUUUUUUUGUGGUAACCAAAAUCUGCCUUUCUGACCAUGUGAACUAUCCGGACCCUCUGGUAAUGACCGCUCAGUGACGCAGGUCGCUUUACAGAAAAGUAUUAAUAGCUUCACGUAGAAUUUUUUUUUUCAUGAAUUAUUAGCUGAUGCUGGUUUUCCAAAUUCAGAUUUGUAGGCAAUGAAUUUAAAAUUCCGGUUUCAUCCGUGGUUAAUUGUCGUCUAGUUGUGUAAGGUGAAGGUAAGUAUGGUCUUCUUUUUGUUUUUUGGGGUCAGGGGGUCGUAGCCGAAUCGAUUCAUUUAAAGGAGCUAAUUUUUGAACGCUUUAUUUUUUUUUUUUCUUUUUUUGUUUUAAAGUCCUUAUCGGCCUCCGCUAGCAAAACACCUUUCCCGAUUUGUUUAGGAACCAGCUCUACAAAGCCAGAACAUUAACCACGUUUGUCCGCAUCUCAUCAAGGGGAAGUAGUUUCCGAUUCGUUAGAACUACAUGGCAAUGUGAUCAGCGUGAAUAAAACCCUGUUAAACUGA